AUGCCGCUAGCUCCCACUACCAAGGCUGGCCGCCUCGAAUGCCCUCACCACGGACGAGGGAGACUAGCCACCCGCGAAGAAGACACAUACGUUGAGACCUGGGGAUGCUGCACAUGCUAUGUCCUAUGCACCGGUCCAGCUCAUGAUGGUACCGACUGGCUCUUUUGGGUGGACCCUUUUACCGGUCUCGGCAAAUGCGAUGACGAGGCUUGCGACCACGGAUAUGGCGAGAACACCGAAGUCAUCAUCGAUGCGACUGGAAUGGCAUACCACAUGUCUGGCGAGCCCCUUGUCGCACGAGACGCAAAAGUAGGCCCCUACCACGUCAACGUAAAGGGCAAACACAAAAUCCUCACCCGUCGUCGGCACUAA